AUGGUGCUCAGGCUGUUCUUGGAGGCUGCGGAUAUUAAUCUCUACUGGAUAAUGCUAAUCUUCCCAUUUAUUCUGUUGGAUUUUGCUUCGUAUAACCCAGCUGCUUAUCUCUGGUCAUAUAAUGAUUGUUUUGGAGAUAUGAGCGUAGAAUAUCUACAUUCAACUGCGAUAGAUAGUUAUGGAAAUGAGCGUGGGAUUACAUAUCAUGUGUUAUGCAGUUUCAAAGUUAUCUGA